GCGACGAAGGAAACGCAGCCUAUCCCCAAUUCGUCCCACCCUUCAAUCCACGCGAAGCAACGGAAGAGACCGAUGGCUGGGAAAGAGGUCGCCGGCGAAGGCGUUUCGGCGAACAUCACCGGAAUGUCCAAGAAUCAGCUCUACGACAUCAUGUGCCAGAUGAAGAAACUUAUGGAGCAGAACGAGAAACAAGCUAAGCAAAUUCUUGUUCAAAACCCUACUUUGGCCAGAGAUCUCUUUCAGGCUCAAAUAUUGCUUGGGAUGGUUCGGCCAACACAAACGAUGGGCACACCAGCUCCUGCAACACAAAGUAGUCAGCCAUUGUCAUCUCACAUUCAGCAGUCAAGUGCUCAGCCUGUUCCAGCAGUGUCGUCAGCACAAGUGAAUUUGCAGGACCAAAUGAGAAAACCACACCAAACCCAGCCUUCAGUAUCAGUGCCAGCAGUGGGUGCUCCUCCAUCAAAUCUUCAGCCCCCAUCCUUGCCUCUUCAUUCUAUACAUUCAGUACAACAGCCAAAAUCAACACCAGUCUCAGUUCCACAAUCAGUUCAAGCUCAUCCAAACAAGCCGCCCCUUCUUUCUCAUCUUCAAUCACGCACCACAUCUGUUCCUACGCAGUUGGACCAAUCAAUACAUACCAGUGGAGUUCAACACCUGCCUCCGUUGCAGCCGCCACUACCAUCGCAGAUGAGACCCUCAGUGCAACCUUUUUCUCAGCAAAUUCACCCCCAAAUGGGGCACAGUGUGGGAUUUCAGCAGCCUGGCCUGCCACCUCAGAUGCACCAUUCACAACCUAUGUUUCAUGGAGGUAAGCCUCCAGGUCCAAUGGGCCCUCCAUUUAUUAUGCAAGGACAGCCACCACUUCAAAGUCAGCCACCUCCCCAGCCACUCUAUCAGGCUGGAGGUUCACACAUAAGAACAGAUUUCAAUCACAUUGGAAGCUCAAUGCCUUUAGACAGAGGAGGAAACCCUCCAUGGAUCCCUGGUCUCCACCCAGAAAAUAAUACCCAGAAAGCACAGCUUCCCGGACUGCCACCACCGUGCCCUGGUCAAAUGGGGCCUGGAAAUCAACCUGCUCGACAACCAGCCUUAACUCCUGAGAUGGAACAAGCCCUUCUUCAGCAAGUUAUGAGUCUCACACCUGAACAGAUAAAUUCGUUGCCACCGGACCAAAGGACUCAAGUUCUUCAGUUGCAACAAAUGCUGCGCAAAUGAGACGAGGGCAAAAGUGGGACUGUGUGUACACCAUAACGUCUCUUUCCUCUCAACUUUUCGCUGCAAUUUCGUGGCAUAAUCUUUCCCUCCUCGGACCUACUCUUGAGUGUGAUCAUGUGCCGGGUUUGUUUGGUCUGGUUUGUGAUUAUGAUAUGUGUACAAUUGUACUCCAUUCUUGAAGUCCUUAGUUUUCCCCAUCUUUGCUAUAUGUGUUGCAUAGUGCUAGGCUAGCUAGGACUAGAUUUUGCUCAUCAAACUGUCUGAUGUAAUUUGUAUGAUUAGCUUUUUUGAGUUCAUAAUGGAUAAUAAAUACAGUAUUAGAUA